AUGGUCUCUCAACGUUGGAUCGAUUAUUACAAUAAUUUUGAAUUAUAUCUUUCCACUUCGGAUCUCGAUUUUCGAGCUAAUGCUGGUCGUCAAUUUCAUAUACUAGCUACUUUAUGUGAACAAGCUCAACAAACAGUAAAUAGUGCUCUUCAAGUAUUUCUUCAGAAACAAUUUGGUAGUCGUCAAAUCAUUUCUCAAGAACUUUUUCGAUCUCAAAUCAACGAAAGUAUUGAAAGAUGGAAAUCAAAUACUCUCAAUUCAUUUUUACAUCCUGUUCAAUUGAUUCGUAUUACAAAUCAAGGAAAUCAACUUAUCAAUAGUUUUCAUAAUUUCCAUUACCGUCUGGAUCAAAGUUCUGGACAAUUAAUUCCAGUGCCAGCUAAUUAUUCAACUUGUUCAUGUGUAAGAUCGAGUGCAUGUCGAAUUCAAAUGGGUAUAUUCGUUUAUAACUGGACAAUCUUUGAUUAUGUUGAACUUUUUCGUAUUCCUAACUUUUUCACUGGUUGCUUUCUAGUUGAAUCUUUACUCGAAUCGACUUUAGAAUGUUUUUAUGAUCAUCAAUGUAUGGAAACCAUUGAAUCUUACAUGUCGAAUACAAAAGCUAAUUUUUCACUACUUGAUACAACUCGUAAUUCACCGAAUGAAACAAUUCAAUCGAUUAUUAACCGAUUAAUGAUCGAUGCAUGGCAAGCAAACAUAUCAUUUAGUGCUUAUUAUAAGAUGUGUGCACCAUUAUCUUGUACAUAUGAAGAUACACGUCAACAUGAUAUUUUCUAUCUAAUCUCAUCUAUUCUUGGUAUAUUUGCUGGUUUGGUAUUUGGAAUAGAAAUUCUUAUUUUAAUUAUACUUCGAUUUAUUGAAAAGAUGGCUGAUAAUUUUUCUUUAAUCGAAUUAAAAAGGACAUUUAAAAAUGUAUUUAUCUGUCGCAAUGAACAACAAAUUAUCAAUCGAUGUCAUUUUAUUCUACUUAUAGCCAUCAUAUGUCUUCUCUAUCUGGCUACAUCUCUUACACUAGUAUCUAAAACUGAGCAAGUAAUUAGACCAUCUUUAUUCACCUAUAAAUAUCUACUAACAAAUUACC